AUGGCGUCCGCGAGCGCAGCUCCCGCGCGUCCAUUGAGACACAAGACAAGCACUUUGAGACCUGGAGCAGGACAUGGCAUGGGGACAGGCAGUGGUAGCGGAGCAGGGCUUUGGCUUUCAGGUAGUGCAGAAGCGGCCGAUGACGCCAAGAUGGAGGCUACUGCACAACAGCAAGCCAAGGAGGAGCCGCGAGAGCCUCCCACUUCAGCAACACUAUCUAAGCGCUCAAGCGCACAGCGCACGUACCACAUUGCGGCGGAGGAACUCAUUGCCCGAAGCCCCACUGCUUCAGGCGAUGCUGGUUUGCAGCGUUGGAAUGCUCUCGAGGCGCAAAGGAGCGCUCAAGUGUCCACUGACGAAGAAGUAGAUCUCAAUCUGAGCUUCGACUUUACCAGCCAGCUCGAGGGCCAGACGCGCUCGCCCGUCGAGAAGCUGAAGAAGAGAGUCGCUUCUACAGUGGAGCGCAUGUCGGCAACUCUGGAUGACCAACAAGAUGGAGUAUCGAUGCAAGUCGCGCCACCUUCCCCAAAUGCACCCUCUCCAGCGCGUGGCAUGUCCGAGGCCGCCAAGUGGGAGACGAGGCAGCGUAAGCGGCCUCCCGCACCUUUGUUCUUCUUGCGCAGCGGCAAGAGCAGUAAGGGAGCGCAUACGACUGGCGACCGGGCAGACGGGGUGGAGGUCAGUCACUUCAGCCCCAUAACCCCAGCUGCUAACGAAAUCGAGGCGCUGCCAAUCACACCUCUGAGCUCUACAAAACGAUCCGCCGACGCCCAGACAUCGAUCGACUCCCAACAGCGCUCGGCACCUUCGACGCCGCGCUCAGGCAGAUUUUCGUCCUCCUCGUCUCCUCGUCCGGAUCCCCCCGCCACCUUGCCCCCCACAGAGCCUCUCCCCGCUCUACCGACUGGUGCAGACAUCAGCGCUCUGGUCAAACAGCAACGUCUGCGCGCGCAACAAAAUCAAUGGCGCAAAGUUAGUGGAGGAUCAAUGCCAGGCACACCCACCACUGAGGAACCGCCUGCAUUGCCUGACCCGAUGACUCUUCCUCAGCCUUCACUUACGAAGGGCCAACAGAACGCCUCGCUCGAUCUUGCGCUCCCUCGACCGAGCCAUGAGUCUGUGGAAGUGCUUGCCAGUGCAGCGUCUGACCCUGCUUACGACUACAGAAAACACUUGAGCAGACAUCACCAGCACGCCGCUUCAAAGAGCUUGACGAGCAGCACCGCAGAGCGCAGCUCAAAAAGUGUGCGUCGACGCCAUCGAGCCCGCAACAGCGAGAGCAGUGUUGAGAGUUUUGCAACGGCAGCCACUGGCGUUUUCCCGGCUGUCACCACGGACGAGCCGGCGAACACUAACACCAACGACACGCUAAUGCCUCUACCGCGCGGAAAUGCGCUCGGCCUAGAUACAGGCAGCGCUGCUACGGCAUUGCAAAAUGGUCCUUCUCUCGAGGUGCAGACAAGAACUCUAGCCUAUCCCCCAUCCGAGGCCAAGACAAGUCCCGGAACGCCAUUCUCCGCUUUGUUCUCGGAGCCCGGCACGGCACGCACAGUUGGUGGAGGUAGCGAAUACACGCGCUCUACCGCGAGCGAAGUGGGCACACCAUCAGGCACGUUCUCCAAGCUCACGGCGGCCGUCAGCGGGAAGCGCAGAGGCUCCUUGGCCGAUGCGCUGCUCUCCUCUCCGCCCCCUCUCUCCGCCGCGGACAUGCUCCGUGGGCACAGUGCUCCGACUGGAAGCCUGUUCCGAGAUGUCAUCGAAGAAGAGCAUCUGGCACCGAAGGCCGAACGUGAGCGCACCACAAGUAUUCCUCGGAGCGAAACCCUCGAGUGGAUUAAUGCGCAGAAAGCGAUAAGCGUGGUGAGUCGUCCCGCUCCUUUGCAGACCCGCGCGAUACUUUCCGCUGACGCUUGCACCCGAACCGCAAUAUGAUGUCGUCAGGACGAUGCAGAAGACGGCGCUCUGGUCAAAGUCCCGCCGACCAGCGUUGCCACCCAUGAGCUGCGAUCAGGUGUAAAGCGACGCGUGAGCGAGGUCAAGGGCCCUUGGCCUCAGUCCCCCCUUCUUCUGGACGCCUCUAGCUCUGAGAAGCCUUCCCCCACCGUGAGCGUGUCCGGACAGACGGCACACAAGCGGCUGAGUCUUGGACCCAAGUUCGGCGCUGGCAUAGGGCUCGGUCUCAGUCAAGCUCCAUCCUCGGACGCCAUCGUGCCGCACGGACUUCAAGGCCCAGUCGCUGUACACAGGGCUGCCAUCUCGCCCGCACACGGCCUUCAAAUUCCCGGCGAUGCUGGGGCGAAGCUUUCGCCAAGCCUAGCGACCUCAGUCUUAGAAUCAAACGACCAGAGUCUCCGUCCCUCGCCAAGCAUGUCAUCUAGCGUAGAAGGAUUUGCUUGCAACGUCACGCCUCCUGCUCCCACUCACGCGCUGCCAGAUACAGAGCACACAGUGUCUUCACCUCCUGUAUUGGAUGCUGAUCGUACACCUCGAGCGCCUGCACGUGCACGCACAGCGACUGUCGCUGGUGAUGUCGAACGCAACUCCGCGUUGUCGCUCGUCCCAGAGACAGCCAACACGCAACCUUCGCGUUCAAGGAGCAAGGCACACUCCUCUGCUGCAUCCGGAUGGGGCGCGUUGGCCAACCUUCGCUGGGGCAACAAGUUCUUCAGCAUCGCUAGCAGCUCUGGUCUGACCUCGCACGAUACGGACACCCAGGCAACGAGCGAAAAGCGCUCUCCACCUAUGCGCUCCCUCACCUUGCUUGAGAAGCGUGACACUCGCGACAGAGACGGGGCCGCCGUUGCGGCUCACCGUCGUGCCAGCUACGGGCACAGGAGGUCGCAUUCACGCGAGGACCUUGCAGGCAUCUUUCCCCAUCUCGAGCGCUCUCAGCCUUCUGCCAGUGGUCGAGAAGCAGGUAUCGCAUCUGCUCCUGCUACGGCUAUUCUUCCUUCUACACCUAGGUUUUCGUCUCUGCUCGAAGAUGUUGAAGGUGUCGCUGCAAAGCCGGAAGCGGCUCAUGUUCAGAGCCGCGACAAUAAUCGCGUCAAGCGUAGAUCUCGUAUUCGCUACCUGUCCAAUGGGCACGAGAUACAUCUCGACAUGGGCGAACCCAACUCGCCGGCGCCCAGCCGAGAACAACCUCAACGACCUGGCUCCCUUCCUCUCGACGCCAUCAAAUCGCCUCGCGUGGCUGCAAGCCCUUCUGGAUGGACUCCUCGCCUGCAUUUCGGCCCGCUUUGGGGCAGCACAGCUGCUGCAAGUCGCGCUGAUCAGCGCGUCGGCCGUACUGAGGCUGAGAACUCGAGCAGGCCCGUAACUCCUGGAUCACCUUGGCUCGACUUUGCGGAAGGCGACGGCGGCCUGCAGGCCAGCCAAGAUCGCGCUGAAUAUCUCGCAGCUCAAGCCGAUCAAGAGCAGCAGUCGGCGCAGCCGUUGAUCGAGGAAGAAGGCAUCCGCCGCCGGGGUGCUGGGCACCAGUCGACACCCUCGCUGCCUCCCACGGCUACAAUCAUUCCAUUCGGUUGGGCCACUGGGGCCAGCAAGCGCUCGAGCGGCAGUGCGCGCGUGCUGUUGCAUGACAGCGGUGCUGCUGCUGGAACGGUCAUCAACGUCGAAGAUAGCCAGCGAAGGCCAGUGCAGACGGCGGGUGGGCCUCCAGGUCAUGGCCGCCCUAUGAGCAUUUUUGUGCCGAGCGCGGCAAUUCAAGAACACCUCAUGCGCAACGCUGCACUGCAAGUCAGCCGAAUGCGCCGCAGACGCUCGCACUUCCCCCUGCCUUUGGGGGGCCCACAUGCGAAGCUGGACCUGACUAGCGUGCCAUCCAAGACGCUCUUCUUUGCCGGCUUCUUGGGCAUGCCGUGGCUCUGGCUGAUCGGUGGCUGGUGGCUCUCUUCUGAAGGACGCAUUGCGACCAGAGCGCCAGCUAAAGUGGAGUUCUGGCAGCAUGAAGCCAGCAUGCGCGAGGCCGCGGAGCGUGACGCCGCUUCCAGGCUUGGUGGUGCGGUAUUCCCUUCUCAGGGUUCAGCUGAGCGUGGCGAAGGCACGCCUGCCUCAGACGCGGCCGGGGAGCAGGCUGGCGUAGCAACCUCGGGCAGUGGAGCGACAAUGAUCGAGCACCCAGCAGAUGUUUCGAAUGGUACUACGCACACCCUUCGAACGAUGCGCAGCCAUGCCACGGUACGAAGCAACGCAUCGUCUGCGUGGGCGGAUACUUCGUCGCGCGAGUCGCCCCAGUCGCACAGCAUCCCUCGAAGUAGCAGACGGUCGGUGUCCAGCAUCCUAGGCUCCAACCCAGAGAUCGCGCUGAUGCGGUCUCCUGUGCGAAGCGGCGAGGCGACGGCUGUUCCCCAACCUGAGACGGUGUUGGCGCUCGCGCCAGUGAGAGAGUCGCGCGAGAGGGCUUCUUCUCGGCCCCCCAGCGUGGAAGCCCUUCGAGCUGUGUUGGGGGAUCGGGACACGCGGGUGCAGGUGCACGAAGCUGCUCAACAGACAGCCUCCUCAGGUACUCCGCCAAACUCGACCAUGCCCCACAGCUCUAUCCCAAAUGGCCAGCCCAGAACUCACAAACGAAGCCGCAGCAUUGGAGAGCGCGUCAAUGCUGCUAUCGAUCACUGGGCUGGUCUUGAGCGCUUCGUGCUCCUCAACCGUAUCGCAGCCAUCGUCGCUACCCUCGUCGUCAUCUAUGGCUCCGCAGCAGCAGUCACUGUAAUCGUAGGAAGUUUUUGA